GCCAAAGACCUCGCACUCUUCACACCGGGAGCUCACACACUGACUGACAGGGAGGCUCCGGAUGUUUUUCUGCGAAGAUCCACAACGGAUAUAAAGACUGAGAAGAACACAUUUUUGUCCAUAAUCACCUGGAAUGUGUAUUUUGAGUCUUUGCGAGUGAGGAGUUUCUGAGAUUUGAGUCGCUUUGCUCAGAAAAAAGCGACCUACAUUAACGUAAACUACUAGAAUUCUUUUACCAAAACACAACCAGAGCCUUUUGGGGAGAUUCAAAGAUUUUUAGGACUAGAAACAGGACUUUUCCCAGCUAAGAAUACCAAUUUCUUCUGGUAUCCUGUCACCAUGAGUAGCGGUGGGACCACCACAGUUUCACCACAGGAGCCUCAGGCGUUCAAACGGGCGGUACGGAAGAUAAAAUGCGCCGCCAUGGUGGCCAACUUGGCCAAGAGCUGGCAGGGCUGGGCCACCAACCACUCCGACAAGCAGGACUCCAUCCCGAGUGGCUGGAUGCCUACAUCUAUUGAGGAGGGCGACAUGAAAGAGAACAACCACAAGGUCAAACUUGCUGUCACUCCGCGCGUGAUCGCGGCAGACGCUGCCGACACCGGUGGGAGUAAAAUCCGGACCGGUUCUGUAAACAAGACUGUGCAGCCAAAACGCAGCGAGUGCAGCAGCAGCGAUUUGGUCAACGCCAUCCGAGGCAAGAUGGAGUCGGGUCCCGUGGAGAGCAAGCCUUUCUUGGGCAACGAGUCGCCGACAAGGAGGCGCCAGAUGAGGGCGCUACAGAGCGCAGGAGGAGGAGGAGGAGCAGGAGUCAUCCAAGACAGGAAGCUUUUGCUCCAGGAGAAGAAGCUGGGGUCAAGGAGCAACAGCGUUGACACAGAGGACAGCGGGCUGGGAGAGGAGGCCGGACUCAGCGACAAUCAAGAAUCCAAAACUGAGCUGGAUGACAUCCAGACAUCCAAACAGACCAACAGGCCCAAGAUUAAGAUUGUCAGCAGGAAUGACGUCAAAAGACGCUGGCAGCAGUGGUCCGAGCAGCACAUGGAGGGCCAGAAGCUCAACCCCUUCAGCGAGGACUUUGACCAGGAGUACGCCAUGGCCCAGCGACUCCGCAAGGGCGAUGAAGGCUACGGUCGACCCAAGGACGGCUCCAGGACGGCAGAGAGGGGCGACCGGGCCCAGAAACACGUCCACAGGGAGAUGGAGGAGAUGGUGUGGUUAAUCAGAGACAUGGGCUUUAAGGACAAAGAGGGGAGGACCAUCAUCUCCUUCGGCCGCCUCUUCGACCGCUACGUGAAGAUCUCGGAUAAGGUGGUGGGCAUCGUGCUGCGCUGCCGCAAACACAAGAUGCUGGACUUUGACGGGGAGAUGCUGUGGAAAGGACAGGACGAUGACGUCAUCAUUACAUUGAGGGACUGAGGACGGACAUGAUGUUUCACAAACGGGCAAACACGCCCAUCAGCUUGUAGUAAUAAUGCUAUGCAUGCUAACCACAAUGCUACAUCGUGUACACAAGAAAAAUGGAGGAAUUUUUGGAGACAGAAAUAUAAUAAUGUAUGAAUGUAUGAAUUCAACAAGAAUACACACAUCGGAAGGAAAAUAUAGUUUUAGUAAUCAGUCAAAUAAAAGGAAACAAAGACAAAAUGUCAAUGAAAAUGAAAACCUCAUAAACGGAGAAAUAAGACAACCUAGUCAGUUUUUGUUGGCUGCCUUGAUCAGGAAACAUGUGAUUCAACAAGCCCUUCAGAUUUGGCUCCCCUUCUUAUGUCACAUAUAGGGUCAUGAGAAUAUACCAGCCACAGCUUGAGAACUACAUUUGCAAAGGUGCACCCAAGCGGCAACGUCCGGUUGUGAAAACUGAAGCCAUUGCUGAAGUGUCUUAAACGUGCAUUCUUUCUACUGUCCACCAGGGGGCGACUCCUCUGGUUGUAUAGAAGUC